AUGAAAAAGGACAGGUCUCGUGAUCCAGUGAGCGACUAUGAGCUUUACAGUCAACUUUUUGAACGAUCUGGUGGGAGACGAUGUGCGUGGAUCAACACAAAGUAUUCCUUCACUCCACGAAUAUGGUACAUGAAAUUUUUGUUUCUCAAGGAGAGUUACUGUUGUCCAGAGAUUGCAAUGACUGGAGAGCCAACCUAUUUACUUUCACAAUUUGCCGUUGACCAAAAGCUGUUCUUAAGGCCACAAAAUGAUUUUCAGUGGUUCGAGAACGAAGGAUCGGUGCUGAACACUGAUGUCGUGCUAUCGGUAUCUCAGCGAAAUCCAAAAUUAGGUCACGAAAUCUGCCUGAACAGAUCAUACUUUCCCGGGACUGGGAAUCGAGAGGUCGAUAUCGAUCGCGUUGUUGAGGUUGAGUCUUUGCAAACUUUUGACGUGGACACAGGACGACCACGAGAUCGCUUGGAGGCCAGCGGUGUGGUUUUCUUUGUGGAUGUGUCUGUCUGGGCAUUGGGUACCUGGGGUGCAACGGAGGAAGAGAGAAUUGAGAGACAAGACCUUUGUUAA